UAAUAAUACUUGAAAAUAAAAUAAUUAAUUAAUUCUAUUUUAUAUUUUUAGUAAUUAAUAAAUAAUUUAUAAACAACUACUAAUAUGAAAUGGGGGAGUAAUAGCAAGUGCGGUAUUGGGAGUCCUCCAAUAAUUUACAGCUUUACUGUUUGUGAGACGACAAUUUUUAUGCUUGACAUAUAUAGUAUGUAUAUAAUGAUUGAGAUUUAAAAUGUGUUUGGAUCGAUUUGUUAAAGCAUUUCUAUUUAAAUAACUUCUAAUAAUUUAUAUAAUAUUAAUAAAAUACUUUGAAAUUUAAAAUAAAAUAACUAAAUUGUAAAUUGUCCUAUUUUUUUCCAUAUUGAAAUAAUGGUUGUGCAAGGAAGCGUUGAAAUAUUUAUGAGUUCACCUGUAUUCAGUGUUGAAAUCGUUGUAGAAAGCAAGUAGGACUCUAUAGCAUUGUGACUUUUUUUACCAAAACUAGGUUCAUUAAUUUCUACUCUAACAUCGAAUUUGAGUCAUGGAGUUACUUGAAUCAAUCAAAAGUAUUAAAUGUGGUUCAUCAAUAUUACUAAUAAAUACUAUCACCUAUAGAGGCAUUAUCAAACAUGUAUGUAUAUAUGAGAAGCUUCGAUUCUAGUACAAUAAUUUUCUUGUAAAUAGGUAAAAUUUAUCCGUAUCAGGUAUUUACACCAAGUCAAUAAAAGCUAUCAUAUGUUUAAAUGUAUAGAUUAUUUUACUUUAUUAAAUUUAAUAAUAAUAAAAAUUAUAUUGAAUUGAUAUAAACAUCCGAUACGAGUUAGUGUAAAUACAUUUAUUUACUUACAUGCACAAAUAUUUUAGUACAUGUGCUAUUUUUAUGCUACACAUUUUAGUACAUGUGCUAUUUUUAGGAUUCUACUCCCCUCCAUUACAACUUAAUUUCCUCCAUUUUAUCAAAUGCAUGUGUCUUAUUUAAAGUUUAAAGAUAAGAUUAGAUUAUAUUUGGCUUAAGUCAUCUAUAUCCAUCUAAAGUUGUCCACAUUUCAUUUAGACACAUAUUCUUAAGUUUGUUCCAAUUGAACACUCUUUUUACUUAAAAAAAAUACCUAUUGAACAUACUUUUACAAUUAACUAAAAGUAAAGAGAGAAUGUCUUACACUCGACGCUGACGUGGUAUAAUAGCUAAUAGAAAAGAGUCAUGUAGCAUUGGGCCCGUAAAAACACUUAAACAUAAAUUAAAAAAAUAAAUUAACAAAAAUUAUGUUUUUACUAAAAAAAAAUAAUCUAAAAAAAACAUUUCUUUCCCCUUUUCUUCUUCUUCUUCUUCCUAGAAUAUCCCACCCCAUCCCUCCCCUGACAUCUGUUCACCAUUUUUCUUAGCACGAGACAUAAAAUCGAAGCAUUUCGAUAGUAAUUUUGGACUCGACUCUUUUUCAUUUCAAUUAAAAAUUAUAUGAAUUUGUUUCCCAUCCAUGUAUCAUUCUUCUCCUUGAAUCUUAAAUUAUUGUAAUUGGUAUUUCUUCCAAUUUCACAACUUUCUUAAAUAUUAAUUUAGAUUUGUUGAUACUUUUUUUCUUCUAUGUCGUGAGUUCUUUAGGAUUUAAAUUUCUUAACGAUUUUUAAAAAAAUAAUUUCAAAUUCGUCGGAAAAAAUGGAGUUUCAUCAAAAUUAUUUUGAAUUCUAUUUUUUACCACAAUAUAUUUAAAUAUUUAUGAUGUCGGUGGUGGGUGGUGAAAGAAGGAAAAGAAACGAUGGCUUGAAAAAUAAAAAAUGAAAAAAUGACCGAAAAAGAAAUGGUGAUGGAGGAAAGUUGAUAGCAAUGGUGGUUAAGUUGAGUAAAAGAAAGAAAAAGAGAUAUCACUUUAAUUUAUUUUAAAAAAAAUCUUUUUAUUUUUAAGUAAAUGAUGUCUUCCACGCUCUUUAGGUGUGUGUAUUACACAUGCAGUGUCAUGUUAGCAAAAAAAAUUUAAUAGGUACAAAUUUAGUGCAGUAUAGGUGUUCAAUAGGAAAAAGAUUGAAUUGAGAUGGCUAGAUGAAACAUGAAGACAACUUAAUGAUCUUAAGCCAUUAUAUUUACACUACACAUAUAGUACAUGUACUAUUUUUAGGAUUCUAUUCCCCUCCAUUACAACUUAAUUUCCUCCAUUUUAUCAUAUGCAUACGUCUUAUUUAAAGUUUAAGUAUCUAAGAUUUGGAUUAUAUUUGUACUACACAUAGUACAUGUAUGUACUAGGUACGUAGGUAGAUAGUUGAUUUUUUUACCAUUCAAUCCCUAGGAGGUUUCUCUUGAUAUACAAAAAAAAAAUUCUUUAUAUUCUUUCACGUUCAACAUCAUAAAAAAUAAUUGAGCAGAAUAAAUAAAAUGGUUUCAAUAUUAAGUAACAUAAGGAUGAUUAUGGUCACCUACAAGAGACCAUCAUUAUUUACCUCACUCCGUCGUCACGCUGCUAAUAACAUUAUUAUUACUAAGCACUCACAUCCUAUUUCCGCCACAAGGCGUUCAGGGAAUUACAAGCCUACCCUAUGGGAUUUUCAAUUUAUUGAAUCCCUACACAAUCCUUAUGCGGGAGAUAAGUAUAUGAAGCGUUUAAACGAACUAAAGAAAGAAGUGAAGAAGAUGAUGAUGACGGUGGAGGGAUCACAGGAUGAAGAGUUAGAAAAGUUGGAGUUGAUUGAUAAUUUAGAGAGGCUUGGAGUGAGUUACCACUUUAAAGAUGAAAUUAUGCAAAUAUUGAAGAGUAUACAUGAACAAAAAAUUACUAGUACAGAUAAUUCGUUAUACUCUACAGCCUUGAAGUUUAGGCUCCUCAGACAACAUGGUUUUCAUAUCUCUCAAGAUAUAUUGAACGAUUUCAAGGAUGAUCAGGGUAACUUCAAGCAAAGUCAUUGUGAAGAUACAAAAGGAUUAUUACAAUUAUAUGAAGCUUCAUUUCUCUCUACAGAAUCUGAAACCUUGGAGUCCGCCAAUACAUUUGCAACGUCACAUCUAAAGGAUUAUUUGCACAAUUUAAAGGGUGAUGAUCAAGAGAAUUGGAGAAUAGAACUAGUGCGUCAUGCCCUAGAACUUCCUUUGCGUUGCAAGAUGUUGAGAGUUGAGACAAGAUGGUACAUUGACAUUUAUGAGAAAAUCCCAAAUGCUAAUCCUCUUCUGCCGGAGCUUGCUAAAUUGGAUUUCAACAUUCUGCAAGCAACACAUCAACAAGAUUUAAAAAAUCUGUCAAGGUGGUGGAACAAGUCAUUGCUUGCAGAAAAAUUGCCAUUUACAAGGGAUAGAAUUGUGGAGUCUUUAUUAUGGAUCGCAGGCAUGAUGUUUGAACCUCAAAAGAACGAUUACUGCCGAACAAUGUUGACAAAGGUCCUUGCUAUGGUUACAGUAAUAGAUGACAUUUAUGAUGUUUAUGGCACUCUUGAUGAAUUGGAAAUCUUCACUGAUGCUGUUCAAAGAUGGAAUGUAAAAGCAGUGGAUCAACUUCCAGAUUAUAUGAAAAUAUGUUACCUUGCACUCUUCAACACUACCACUGAAAUUGUGUACGAAGUUCUCAAAGAGCAAGGGAUCAACGUUGUUAUCUACCUUACGAAAUCAUGGUCAGAUUUGUGUAAAUCGUACUUACGAGAAGCAAGAUGGUACCACAGUGGAUAUAAACCAAGUCUUGAAGAAUACAUGGAAAAUGGAUGGAUUACAAUUGGAGCACCAGUGGUAUUAGUACAUACAUUGUUCCUUGUCACAAAUCCAAUUACCAAAGAGGCCUUGGAAUCCUUAACCAGUUAUCCUGACAUUAUUCAAUGCUCUGCUACUAUUAUUCGUCUCACAGAUGAUUUGGGGACAUCCUCGGAUGAAAUGGAAAGAGGUGACGUUCCCAAGUCAAUUCAGUGUUACAUGAAUGAGAAGGGUGUUUCAGAAGAAGAUGCAAGAAAACACAUCAAUUUGUUGAUAAAGGAGACAUGGAAACUGAUGAACACUGCUCUUCAAAAGGAGAAUUCCUUAUUUUCUGAAACAUUCAUUGCAUGUGCAGUAAAUGGUGCAAGAACUAGUCACACAAUUUACCAGCAUGGAGAUGGCUAUGGGAUUCAAAAUCUUCACACAAAAAAUCGUAUUCGUCAAUUAUUUUUCGAGCCCAUUACAAUUUCAAUUCCAUAAAAUAAUGUUGAGUGUUAUUCUAAAAUGCUUUAUAUUUUGUAUGUACCUAGUUCUUUUCAAGAAAGAACUUUUUACUCAAUAUCUAAUAUUUUCUAUUCAUUUAAGACUAUAGGUUAGAUAUUAUCAGGGCAAUAAAAAAACUAGCUAUAAUAAUGAAAUUGAUAGCCAGAUCUUAUCAUCAAGGAUGCUAAUAAUUAAUAAUGACGAAAUGCAUCAACAACCCCUUAUGUUUUGUUUAUCUUUCAUUAAUAUAAUAGUGCUGCUCAUGUAUAUUUUAA